CAGAACAUCCUUAAAAUGUCAUUGCCAAGUAGUCUAGUAUCUAUAACAACAACCACCUCAUUACCCAUUCCACAAACCUAUACAUACAACAAUAUAUAUGCAUACAAAUUCAAAUCACCAUUUGAACUCAAACAACUUCAUGCCCAAAUCAUAAAAACCAACAUUUCAUAUAAUCUCCAUUUUGAUCAAGUUGCAUCUAUUUGUGCCUUAACUCCCAGCUUCCCUUACGCCCAAAAACUCAUCCAACUCUAUGCGAAUAAACCCGAAACUGUUAUAUGGAAUUCAUGUUUAAAAACCUUGGCAGAAAGCGAUUCGCCUUUUAACGCCAUUCGUUUGUUUCGUCGGUUACUUGAAUAUAAUGUUUGUUUAGAUUGUUUUAGUUUUUCGUUUCUUGUUAAAGCUUGUACUAAGGUUUCAGGUGGUGGGUUAGAUGGGAGAAUUGUUCAUGGGUUUAUUGAGAAACUUGGGUUUAUGUCGAAUAUGUUUGUUUUGAAUAGUUUGGUUCAUUUGUAUGCGGUUUCUGGGGAGAUUGAUGAUGCACGCCAGGUGUUUGAUAAAAUGUCUGAACGAGAUGUGGUUACGUGGAACAUUAUGAUUACGCAGUUGGUGAAAAGGGGUAAUGUGGAUGAGGCGUAUGCGUUGUUUUGUAGGAUGGAUGAGAGAAAUGUGAGGUCGUGGACGUCGAUGAUUAUGGGGUUUGUGCAGUGUGGAAAGCCUAAAGAGGCGAUUGAUGUUUUUACGAAAAUGGAAGAGGAGAAGUUGUGUCCUAAUGAGGUUACGGUUGUGGCUGUGCUUGCGGCGUGUGCUGAUAUUGGGGCACUUGAUUUGGGGAAAAGGAUUCAUGAGUUUUCUGAUAGAAGUGGAUUUAAAAAGAAUGUUCGUAUUUGUAAUACUUUGAUUGAUAUGUAUAUCAAAUGUGGAUAUGUGGAAGCGGCUCGUAGUGUUUUUGACGAAAUGGAGGAACGAACUAUUGUGUCAUGGUCGGCUAUGAUCCAAGGGUUAGCUAUAAAUGGACAUGGCGAAGAAGCUUUGGAAUUGUUUUCUAAAAUGAUUCAGUUACGAGUUAAACCUAAUGGGGUCACAUUUAUUGGACUAUUACAUGCUUGUAGCCAUAUGGGGAUGGUAGAUGAGGGUCGUAGAUAUUUUGCCAGCAUGAGUAGAGAUUACGGGAUAGUUCCUAGAAUUGAACACUAUGGUUGUAUGGUUGAUCUUUUGAGUCGGGCUGGGUUACUCAAAGAAGCCCGUGAGUUUAUAAAAAAUAUGCCGAUUAAGCCAAAUGGAGUGGUAUGGGGAGCCCUUCUUGGCGGUUGCAGGGUCCACAAGAAUCUUGAAAUGGCAGAAGAAGCCAUUGAACAUCUUCUUGAAUUAGAUCCACUUAAUGAUGGCUACUAUGUCGUUUUAUCUAAUAUAUAUGCAGAAGCUAAGAGGUGGGAAGAUGCUGCACGAGUGAGAAAGUUAAUGAGAGAUAGAGGGGUGAAAAAGACACCAGGGUCAAGUUCAAUUUCAAUAGAUGGUGUAGUCCAUGAGUUUGUGGCUGGAGAUGAGACUCAUCCUCAAAGAGAAUUGAUACAAGAAAGAUGGGAGAAGUUAUUAGAAGAAAUGAGGUUAAAAGGAUAUGAACCGAACACAUCUGUUAUUCUUCUUGACAUUGAAGAGAGUGAAAAAGUUAAAUUUCUAUAUGGGCAUAGUGAAAAGUUAGCAGUUGUGUUUGGUUUGAUUAAUACAAAUAAUGGAACUCCCAUUAGGAUUAUGAAGAAUCUGCGCGUUUGUGAAGAUUGUCAUGCUGCAUUAAAGCUGAUAUCAGAGAUAGCUAAUAGGGAGAUAGUAGUUAGGGAUCGAAGUCGCUUUCAUUGCUUCAAAAAUGGUGUGUGUUCUUGCAAAAAUUACUGGUAAUGUAUGUACCUUCUUGUUGUAAUUAGUAUUGUUGGUUUGAAUUAAGAGUAUACAGCCCGAUUUUGAUCUAAAUUUAGCUUCAUAAUUAGCAUUUAGGUCUCAUGUGGUUACUCAAUCCCAAAAGGUAGAUUCUAUAGGGGCAAUUUGGGGUGUUAUGUAUCUCAAACAAGUCAAAGUAGAAAAAAUAUAAAAUUGUAGAGGUGACCUUUGUUUAAA